UUAAGAGAACGAGCGGAAUUGCAAAGAGAAGCCGCAAACCCUAGCAAUCUUCUUUUCCAGAAACUUCAUUCUCAGGUGGCGCCAUGGCCGUUCUAGCCGAGAACAAGCAGCCGCACGAGUCGCCGGAAGACGAGCUGCAGAAGAAGAAGAAGCGAAAGCGCAGCAGAGGAAAGAAAGCUCCGGCAGAUUCUGAUGAAGCUCCAGAGGGGAAGCAGAAUGAAGCGGAGAGUGAAGAUGAGGAAGAGAAGGAAGUUGUGACGGACAAGAAGAAAGGAAAGAAGAAGAAGAAGCAGCAGCAGAUGGUAGAUGAGAAUGAAGAUGAGGGUGAUGGAGAAAAGGAGGAGGAACAGAGCAAUGGGAAAGAUGGGGAGGCCGAGGGGAAGACAAAGGAGAAGAAAGUGAAGAGUGGCGGCGGAAUUAUGAGCACUGACUCUUUUGAAUCUUUGGGAUUAUCUGAGCCUACGAGGAAGGCGAUUCAGGAGAUGGGAUUCCAGUAUUUGACUCAGAUUCAAUCAAGGGCAGUUCCACCUCUGCUAAUUGGCAAGGAUGUUUUAGGUGCAGCAAGGACAGGUUCUGGGAAAACCCUUGCCUUUCUGAUACCUGCUGUGGAGUUACUAUACAAUGUUCGUUUUGCUCCUCGUAAUGGUACUGGUGUGGUUGUUAUUUGCCCUACUAGAGAGCUUGCCAUUCAGACGCAUAAAGUGGCAGAAGACCUUCUCAAGUAUCAUUCACAGACCCUUGGGUUGGUUAUUGGUGGGGCAGCAAGGAAAGGAGAAGCCGAGCGACUUGUUAAAGGGGUAAACUUGUUGGUUGCAACUCCUGGUCGGCUUCUGGAUCAUCUUCAAAAUACCAAAGGAUUCAUUUAUAAGAACUUGAAGUGCCUGACGAUUGACGAGGCAGACAGGAUAUUGGAGGCCAAUUUUGAGGAAGAAAUGCAACAAAUUCUCAAGCUUUUACCAAAGUUCUCUGACAAAUUGUUGUGCCAUCUGCAGACUAGGCAGACUGCCUUAUUUUCAGCUACCCAAACAAAAAAGGUGGAGGACCUAGCUCGGUUGUCGUUUCAGACGACUCCUGUUUAUAUUGAUGUCGAUGAUGGGAGACACAAGGUUACCAAUGAAGGUCUUCAGCAAGGCUACACUGUAGUUCCAAGUUCCAAGAGAUUUCUUCUUCUUUACUCCUUCUUAAAGAGGAACUUAUCAAAGAAAGUGAUGGUUUUCUUCUCGUCAUGCAAUUCUGUCAAGUUUCAUUCGGAACUUCUUACAUACAUUCAAAUAGAAUGCUUCGAUAUCCAUGGAAAACAAAAGCAACAGAAGCGAACCUCGACCUUCUUUGAUUUCUGCAAAGCUGAGAAAGGGAUCUUGCUAUGCACUGAUGUUGCUGCUCGUGGACUGGAUAUACCCGCUGUGGAUUGGAUUGUGCAGUAUGAUCCUCCUGAUGAGCCCAAGGAAUACAUACACAGGGUAGGCCGAACAGCACGUGGAGAAGGUGCAAAAGGAAAUGCCUUGAUGUUCCUGAUUCCAGAAGAACUUCAGUUUCUGCGGUAUCUGAAGGCAGCAAAAGUCCCUGUGAAAGAGUAUGAAUUCGAUGAAAAGAAGCUGGCAAAUGUUCAGACUCACCUGGAGAAAUUGGUGGCCAACAACUAUUACUUGAACAAGUCGGCGAAAGAAGCUUACAGGUCUUACAUCUUGGCAUACAACUCUCACUCCAUGAAAGAUAUAUUCAAUGUCCAUCGCCUUGACUUACAGGCGGUUGCAGCUUCAUUUUGCUUCUCUGGGCCACCAAAGGUGAACUUGAACAUCGACAGCAGUGCCUCCAAGUUUAGAAAGACCAACAACAGCAAGAAGAAAGGUAGCUUCAGCGACAACAAUCCUUAUGGACGAUCAAGCGAUAAUGGUAACGAAGAUAAGCGGAAAUUCAUGAGAUACUAGGUGCUCGGAGAGCCAAGAAGCUUCUUCCUACACACUUAAAAAGUUUUGCAGCAGAUUUUGAUAUUUCAAAGUUCUAGCACAUUUCCCAUCUUUCCUUCCAGCUGAGAUACUCUUUUCCCCUCCACAUCAGAAGGUUUAUGUAACUUAUGACACUAUGAGAGCUGCGAAAGCUUGGUAAUUGUUAAUUGACAGUGUUUGAGCAUCCAUUAAUUCAAAUCUCUUCCUCUGUUUCCUUGUGGUAAACCAUUGAAAUCGAUGAAUAUAUGACACGAAGAAGAAAACAGAGUA